CCAUUUCCAACCUACCAUUUCUUCCCUAUAUAUAAGGCACUUGAUCUCAAUCAACACAUCAAAUAUUUAUCAAAGUAUACAUAUACACAAACAAAACCAACCAUGGCUGAUCACCCUUUCAUUUCCCUUUCUUUACUAGUAAUUAUCCUAGCCGUGGCUAGCUUAGACAACAUCCAUGCAGUUGUUCAAUACGAGGUCAUAAACAAAGCCGAAACAACCAAUGGUGGCAUCAGAUUUAACAACGAUAUUGGAGCUGAAUACAGCAAGCAAACUCUAACCACAGCCACAGAGUUCAUAUGGAGGUUGUUCCAACAAAACACGGACGCAGACAGAAAGAAUGUGCCCAAAAUCACCUUGAUCAUCGAGGACAUAGACGGUGUAGCCUUCGCUACCAAUGGAGAGAUCCAUGUUAGCGCAAGGUACAUCGGGGGCUACACUGGAGAUCUCAAGAGAGAGAUCUCGGGUGUUCUUUUUCAUGAGAACACUCAUAUUUGGCAGUGGAAUGGUAAGGGGCAAACUCCAGGGUGGUUGAUAGAAGGAAUUGCUGAUUUUGUGAGGUUGAAGUCUGGGUAUGUACCUGGACAUUGGGUUAAGCCAGGGCAAGGGAGUAAGUGGGACAAAGGGUAUGAUGUUACUGCUAGGUUUUUGGAUUAUUGUAAUGAUCUUAGGAAUGGGUUUGUAGCUGAGCUUAACAAGAAAAUGAGUAAUGGUUAUAGUGAUAAUUUCUUUGUUGAGUUGCUAGGGAAAAAUAUUGAGCAGUUGUGGAAUGAUUACAAGGCCAAGUAUGGGAAUAUUAGCUGAAUUUAAGUAAUUAUGAGUAAUGUAAUAAGGAUGUUAUAAUAUGUAUACUACUAUAGUUAAAUAAGUUUUAUAAUAAAACAUGACCAAUUCGAUUUUA